AAUAAACACGUCGACAUAAAUCCUCAGUCCGAAUCCAAAUCCCAUCCUUCACGUACUCAACCCAUAUCCACAACCAUGGUAUCGAGUCUCCCCACCCUCCUAGCGAUAUCCCUCCUAGGCCUGGCAUCGGCAAGUACGAGCCAUGACCGCUCAUACUUUUAUGUCGGCGGGAAUUACAGCGUCAACACCGAUGGCCAGCAUGCCUUCACCAACCAGAUGUAUGUUGAAAAACUCGUCCCGGCAGGUGGUGUGUCGAGGGAGUAUCCGAUUGUGUUGGUGCAUGGGAAUGGGCAGACUGGGACGAACUGGUUGAAUAAGCCUGACGGCGGCGACGGCUGGGCUUCCUAUUUCCUAUCUCAAGGCUACGAAUGCUACAUCCUGGACCAGACAUCCCGCGGCCGUAGUCCGUGGACACCGGAAAGCGGUACGCGGUCGGUGUUCACCGCAGAACAUAUACAAGAGUACUUUACAGCCCCGGAACGAUAUAAUACUUGGCCCCAGGCACAUUUUCAUACGCAAUGGCCCGGUACGGGAGUCAUGGGAGACACCGUGUUUGAUGCGUUCUACGCCUCUAAUGUCCCGUACGUGAAUGUAUCGACUGCGCAGCAAUCUACUGUCCAGGAUGCAGGUGUGCAGUUGCUGGAUCGUAUUGGGAGGAAGGUUAUCCUCGUUGGUCAUUCGCAAGGCGGAACGAUGUCUUGGGUUAUCGCGGACGCACGGCCAGAUUUGAUUCAUUCCCUUGUGGCUGUUGAGCCAGCUGGGCCGCCAUUCCGGGAUGCGGCUUUUGGGAAUACACCAGCCAGGGCGUUUGCUUUGGCUGACAUCCCGGUUACGUAUGAGCCGGCUGUCACGGAUCCAGAGAAUGAUUUUGUGUAUCAGACAGUUGAAGCGAAUUCGACAGAUCGAUUAGAUUGCCUUACCCAGGCUAAACACCCGCGGCCGCGACAGUUGGCUAAUCUCAGCAAGUUCCCGGUACUCUUGAUCACAACGGAAGCAUCGUAUCAUGCACAAUAUGACUGGUGUACGGUGUUGUUUCUGCGACAAGCGGGUGUCAAAACGGAGCAUUGGGAGUUGGCGCAACUCGGGAUUCACGGGAACGGCCACAUGGUGUUCAUGGAGAAGAAUAGCGAUCAAGUGGCUCGGGCAAUUGCAGGAUGGUUAGAGGAUUAA